GCCUGUAACUUCCAUGUGGUAUUUGUGUGAUCACAGUCGAUUGGGCUAUUAGAAACAUUUUAACGUUAGUUUCAUUGGAUCAAAUUAGCGCUGAUAUUUACGUAAAGGUGCCUAAACUUACGUACAGUAACGUACACAACUUUCAAAGUGACGACCGUUCAAACAAGCUGUCAGAAUGCAACACGACGACGUUAUAUGGGACCUUAUCGGCAGUAAGAGUUUUUGUUCCUACAAAGUAAAAACGAAAACUCAACUGUUUUGUCGAAACGAAUACAACAUCACAGGCCUUUGCAAUCGUUCAUCGUGUCCUCUUGCCAACAGUCAGUAUGCAACUGUAAGAGAGGAUAAAGGCCAGUGUUAUCUUUACAUGAAAGUAAUUGAGAGAGCAGCAUUCCCUGCUCGCAUGUGGGAGAAGGUGAAACUUGAUAGAAACUAUGCGAAGGCUUUGGAACAGAUUGAUGAGAACCUUAUCUAUUGGCCGCGGUACAUCAGACACAAGUGCAAACAGCGCUUGACAAAGAUCACUCAGUAUCUCAUUAGAAUCCGCAAACUCACACUGAAACGACAGAGAAAACUGGUUCCACUCAGUAGAAAAGUAGAGAGACGAGAAAAGAGGAGGGAGGAAAAAGCCCUUAUUGCUGCUCAGCUGGAAAAUGCUAUAGAAAAAGAACUGCUAGACCGUCUAAAACAAGGAACAUAUGGAGACAUAUACAACUUCCCCAUCCACGCCUUUGAUAAAGCUUUGGAAAAACAGGAUGAGGAGAGUGAAUCAGAGGAAGAGGAAGACGAAGAGGUGUCUGGGACGAGAGAAUUUAUUGCUGAGGAUGAGAUUGAAGAGAGUGAUCUCAGUGAUUUUGAGGAUAUGAACAACCUGAAGGGAAGCAGUGAUGAGGAAGAGGAUGAUGAUGAAGAGGAAUCCAGUGAGGAAGAGUUGGAGGAAAAGAGCAAGGCCAAAACGAAAGGAAAAGCUCCACUCAAAGGCCCAAUCAGGAAAAAACGGGCCUAUGUGGAGAUAGAAUAUGAACAAGAGAUAGAACCAGCUCAGAAAAGCAAGGCCACCUAGAGACUAAACUGAUGUGCACACCAACAGUUGUAACUCUGCUCCCUUGUGGAACAUUUCCAAAUCAUGGAACAUGAUCUUUUACUACACCUACAUUUAAUAACAAUGUACAAUAAUCAAAAUCUCUAGUGUGGUGGGAUUGUUGACCUCUUUCAUCUGUGCUUAUGCUGUUGCAAAGCAUCAGUUUUUGUUUUAUGAUGUUCCAUUGUGUACUUUUGGGUCAAAUUUGACCCAUAUUCAUGCAAUAAUAAACUUUAUUUGUGCUGUAUAUUU